GUUCGAGUGGUUAUCGUGGACGAGAACGACUGCGUCCCGGAGUUCCUUCAGUCCAUCUACAGCAAAGACGGCGUCCCGGAAACGGUGACCACGGCCACGUCGCUGCUGCAAGUUUCUGCGAACGACUGCGACUCCGAGGAAAACGCUGAGUUGACGUAUUACACGCUGAGUCAGGAUUUCACCAUUUCACCUCACGGCACCAUCUUCCCCGCGGGACCUCUGGAUUACGAGAGACCGAACCAUCUGUACGAGUUUGUCGUGAUGGCCGUCGAUAAGGGGGAGGAGCCUCGCACGGGUACGACCACGGUUCGCGUACGCAUGGCUAACGUCAAUGACGAGGCGCCGGAGUUCUCACAGCACAUAUAUCGCACAUUCGUCUCCGAGGACGCCGGCCCCAACACACUCGUUGCCACGGUGUUGGCGAAGGAUCCUGACGGAGACGGAAUCACAUACAGGAUCGCCUCAGGAAACGACGAGGGCAACUUUGUUAUCGACAGCCAAAAAGGUCUGAUCCGCCUGCGCUCGGCUCCGCCCCCUCGCCUCCAGGGCGUGGAGUACGUCCUGAACGUGACGGCGACAGACGACAACGCGUCCGCUGGACCUCAUCCUCUGUCGUCCACCGCCCAGGUCGUCGUGGGAGUGGACGACGUCAACAACAACAAGCCUGUCUUUGAGAAGUGUCAGCAGUAUCGAGAGAGCACGUCGGUGCUGGAGAACCAGCCGUCGGGAACCUUUGUUCUGCAGGUUCACGCUGUGGACGCAGACGAAGGAUCCAACGGCAGAGUGACGUACGGAUUCAUGCACAAAGAUUCCACUGUGCCCGCGUUCAGUAUUCACCCUGACACAGGAGUCAUCGUGACGGCGCGGAAAUUUGACCGCGAGCGCCAGCGGGAGUACGCGGUGACGGUGACCGCCACUGACCAGGCGGCCGACCCUCUGAUCGGCAUCUGUCAGCUCAACAUCCUCAUCCUGGACCAGAACGACAACAGCCCCAAGUUUGAGAACCUCCGAUACGAGUACUUCCUCCGUGAGGACACCAUGAUCGGGACCAGUUUCUUGCGAGUGGCGGCUCACGACGAUGACUUUGGCACCAACGCGGCCGUCACUUACUCCAUGUCCAACGAGCAGCCAGAGUAUCUGCGCGUCAACCCUCUGACCGGCUGGGUUUACGUCAACCAGCCCAUCUCUCAGAGAACCUACAUCACCCGCGACAUCGUGGCCACAGACGGCGGGAACCGCAGCAGCUCGGUGGAACUGGCCGUCACCAUCACCAACGUGAAGAACCAGCCUCCACACUGGGAGAAGAACAGCUACAGCGUGGUCAUCCCGGAGAACACUGUCCGAGACACGGCCAUCGUGACCAUCAAGGCCACGUCUCCUCUCGGGGAUCCAAGAGUGACGUAUAACCUGGAGGACGGGAUGGUGCCAGAGACCAACAUGCCCGUCCGCUUCUACCUGACCCCGAACCGCGAGGACGGCUCCGCCUCCAUCCUGGUGGCAGAGCCGCUGGACUACGAGACCACCAGGAACUUCAUGCUCAGAGUCCGAGCUCAGAACGUGGCCGCGGUUCCUCUGGCAGCGUUUACUACUGUCUACAUCAACGUCACAGACGUCAACGACAACGUCCCGUUCUUCACGUCGUCCAUCUACGAGGCGUCGGUGACUGAAGGAGCAGAAACGGGAACGUUGGUUCUCCAGGUUUCAGCCAACGAUCUGGACCUGGGUCUGAAUGGAAAGAUCGUGUACUCCCUGCUCGAGGAUCGCAGCGGCGAUCACCAGUUUUUCCGCGUCGACCCGGAGCUGGGACUCAUCUACACCCAGGCUGUGUUUGACCGCGAGACCAAGAGCUCGUACCUGCUGGAGGUGAAGUCCGUGGACGGGUCAGAAUCGUCGCGGCCCGGCAAACACGGUCAACCCAACUCUGACACGGCGUACGUUCGCGUGUUCAUCAGCGACGUCAACGACAACAAGCCGGCGUUCGCGCAAACGUCGUACGAGGUGGACGCGGACGAAGACGCCGACGUGGGCUUUGCCGUCCUCACCGUCAGCGCCAACGACGGAGACGAAGGUGGAAAUGCUAAACUGAGAUAUCAGAUCACUUCAGGAAACACGGGUGGAGUGUUUGACGUGGAGCCUGAAGUGGGCACGAUCUUCAUCGCUCAGACUCUGGACUACGAGCAGAACAAACGCUACAAACUUCACGUCCUGGCUUCAGACGGGAAGUGGGAAGAUUACACGACUGUGACGGUGAACGUGGUGAACAAGAACGACGAGGCCCCGGUGUUCACCGUCAACGAGUACUACGGGAGCGUGACGGAGGAGCUGGACGGCUCGCCCGUCUUUGUCUUACAGGUCACGGCGUCUGACCCCGACAAAGACGCGGACCCUGAGGCCCUGCGUUACUCUCUCCACGGUCAGGGAGCCGAGAGCGAGUUCAUCAUCGACGAGGUCACGGGGAAGAUCUACGCUCAGAGGACGCUGGACCGCGAGGAGCGCGCUGUCUGGCGCUUUGUCGUCCUGGCAACAGACGAAGGCGGCGAAGGUCUGACGGGCUUCACCGACGUCAUCAUCAACGUGUGGGACAUCAACGACAACGCUCCCGUCUUCACGUGCGCCCCCAGCUGUCAGGGAGACGUGGCGGAGAACUCAGCGGCGGGGACGUCCGUGAUGGAGAUGACGGCCACCGACCUGGACGACUCCGCUGUGGGUCAGAACGCCGUGCUCUCCUACAGGAUUGUGGGUAGUUUAGACGUCACGGACACGGAGGUGGGAGGAGUCCCGGCGUUCUCCGAGAUUUUCACCAUCAACCCCACGACGGGAACCAUCACCGUGGCCAUGGCCGGUCUGGACCGAGAGCAGGCAGAGUCUUAUCUGCUGGUGGUGGAGGCCAGAGACGGAGGAGGGAUGACAGGAACUGGUACUGCAACCAUCCAGAUUAAGGACGUGAACGACCACGCUCCGUGGUUCACGGAUCACUCGUGUGUCGCCAAGAUCUCUGAGAACAUGGAGCCGAACGCUGAGGUGCUGCAGCUCGCUGCAGAGGACAGAGACACCGGAGAAAAUGCCCAGCUGACCUUCAGCGUCGUGUCUGGAGACCAAGAGCAGAAGUUCUACAUGGUCAGUCAUAAGCAGGAGCAGCGCGGCACUCUGCGACUCAAGAAACGCCUGGACUACGAGCGUCACAGCGAGCAGCGCUUUAACCUCACGCUGAAGGUUGAAGACCUCGACUUUUCCAGCUUACUUCACUGUGUGGUGGAGGUGGAGGACUUCAAUGACCACGCCCCCGUCUUCAUCCCUCACUUCCUGUCUCUUGCCCCGCUGCCCGAGGACGUCGCCGUGGGAACCAGCGUGGCACGUUUGGUGGCCAGCGACUCGGAUUCGGGCCAGAACUCUGAGUUCACGUACAGCCUGUUGGAGGAGUCGGACCCUGAGGGACUGUUCUCCAUCGACAAGUCCGGCGUUCUCUCUGUGACCCAGCCUCUGGACCGGGAGAGGACACCCCAGCAUCACCUGGUUGUCAUAGCAACAGAUCACGGGGUCCCACCUUUAACAGGCAGUGCCACGGUACAGCUGCCUUUGUUGGAUGUGAACGAUAACGGACCGGAGUUUGAGGCGGCGUAUUUGCCCGUAGUCUUUGAGAAUGUAGUCGGACCGCAGGUAGUGAGGCUGAACCAAACGUCGACCCUCCUUCACGCCGUGGACCGCGACUCGCCUGAGAACGGCCCGCCCUUUCACUUCACCAUCUCCUCCGAGUAUCGCCACAUCAACGACUUCUACCUGCAGGACAACCUGAACGGCACUGCGUCGCUGACGGCGCUGCGCACGUUUGACCGCGAGCGGCAGAAGGAGUUCCUGAUCCCGAUAGUGAUGAGUGACAGUGGCCGUCCGAGCAGAACGGUCACCAGCACCCUGACGGUAACCAUUGGCGACCAGAACGACCAUGCACACGCGGCGGGAGAGAAGAACAUCUUCAUCAACAGUCACCGAGGUCGUAUGCCGACCACUGUGCUGGGAAAGGUCUUCUCUCCUGACCCUGACGACUGGGACAACAAGACGUACGUCUUUGAAGGACACGUGCCGAGUUACUUCAUCCUGAACAAGCGGACAGGUUUCCUGAUCAUUAAAGAGAACGCGCCGCCCGGCACGUAUCACUUCCAGGUCCGUGUGUCUGAUGGAAUCUGGCCGGACGCCGUGUCCACUGUCGCCGUGCACGUGAGGGAGCUGAGAGACGAGGCCAUCUAUAACUCUGGGUCUCUACGACUGGCAG